CCCGCCUCGGCACCAUGUCCGGCUCUGGCAGGAAAGACUUCGACGUGAAGCAUAUCCUUCGGCUCCGCUGGAAACUGUUCAGCCACCCCUCGCCGGCGGGCGGCCCGGCGGGGGGGGGCUGCCUGCCGCCCGACAGCAGCUUCGAGCACUGGGGGCCCAGCCAGAGCCGCCUGCUGAAGAGCCAGGAGAGAGGAAACGGCGCCUUCUGGAAGAAAUCCGCCUCCUCCGCCUCCUCCUCAACGGCCACUACCGCCAGCCCGCCCAACGGGACGCUCCUGCCCGCCGGCGGCCGGCCCCGCGGGGGGCACGGCCCGGGGCCUCCGCCGCCCCGCACGGUCUUCUAUGUGGAGUCCCUGGAGGAAGAAGAGGAGGAGGCGGAGGCGGCUCCCGGCAGGAUGGAGGUCUCCCGGGAGCCCGAAAAGCCCCUGGUGCCGCCGGAGCAGAAAGAAACGCCGAGGGGCUGCACGGACGGCGGGGACCCCGCAACAGGUGACGGAGGCGGGCACAGGCUGUCAUCAGCUAGCCAUCCCUUAUCACCUCACUGUGACAUAGAUUCAAGUACCUCUGAGGAAUUCUACCAGGCUGUUCACCAUGCUGAGCAAACCUUCAGAAAAAUGGAGAGCUACCUGAAGCAACAGCAGCUCUGUGAUGUUAUCCUGAUUGCUGGGAAUCGCAAGAUACCUGCUCACAGACUUGUCCUCAGUUCUGUCUCUGACUACUUUGCUGCCAUGUUUACAAGUGAUGUUUGUGAAGCCAAGCAAGAAGAGAUCAAAAUGGAAGGCAUAGACCCUAAUGCAUUAUGGGAUCUUGUUCAGUUUGCAUAUACAGGCUGCCUGGAACUGAAAGAGGACACUAUUGAAAACCUUCUAGCAGCUGCCUGCCUCCUCCAGCUUCCACAAGUUGUAGAGGUUUGCUGCCAUUUUCUAAUGAAGCUUUUGCACCCGUCCAACUGUUUGGGAAUACGAGCUUUUGCUGAUGCGCAAGGAUGCACUGAGCUUAUGAAGGUGGCUCACAACUACACAAUGGAAAAUAUAAUGGAAGUUAUAAGAAAUCAAGAAUUUUUACUUCUACCAGCUGAAGAACUUCAUAAACUUCUUGCUAGUGAUGAUGUGAAUGUUCCUGAUGAAGAGACCAUUUUCCACGCCUUAAUGAUGUGGGUGAAGUAUGAUAUGCAGAGGCGAUGCAGUGACCUAAGUAUGCUGCUUGCAUAUAUAAGAUUACCACUGCUUCCACCUCAGAUCCUGGCUGACCUAGAAAACCAUGCACUUUUUAAGGAUGACCUGGAAUGCCAGAAACUUAUUCUGGAAGCCAUGAAAUAUCACCUUUUACCAGAGAGACGAACUCUCAUGCAAAGUCCUAGCACCAAACCUAGAAAAUCUACAGUUGGGACACUUUAUGCUGUUGGAGGAAUGGAUAACAACAAAGGUGCUACAACUAUUGAAAAGUAUGAUCUCAGAACAAAUAUAUGGAUCCAGGCUGGAGUGAUGAAUGGCAGGAGGCUUCAGUUUGGUGUUGCUGUCAUCGAUGACAAGCUGUUUGUCAUUGGAGGCCGUGAUGGUUUAAAGACAUUGAACACUGUUGAAUGUUACAAUCCAAAAACAAAGGCUUGGACUGUGUUACCACCAAUGUCAACACAUAGGCAUGGCUUAGGAGUUACAGUGCUUGAAGGGCCUAUUUAUGCAGUGGGAGGCCAUGAUGGUUGGAGCUAUUUGAAUACAGUUGAGAGAUGGGACCCUCAAAGUCAGCAGUGGACAUUUGUGGCAAGUAUGUCAAUUGCCAGAAGCACUGUUGGAGUAGCAGCAUUAAAUGGCAAAUUAUAUUCAGUUGGAGGUCGAGAUGGAAGCUCGUGUUUGAGUUCAAUGGAAUACUAUGAUCCUCAUACAAAUAAAUGGAAUAUGUGUGCUCCGAUGUGUAAGAGAAGAGGAGGUGUAGGAGUGGCUACAUGUGAUGGCUUUCUUUAUGCAGUUGGAGGUCAUGAUGCUCCAGCUUCUAACCACUGCUCACGACUACUGGACUAUGUAGAAAGGUAUGAUCCAAAAACUGAUACAUGGACAAUGGUGGCUCCACUGAGUAUGCCUAGAGAUGCUGUUGGUGUCUGUCUCCUUGGUGAUAAGUUGUAUGCAGUAGGUGGAUAUGAUGGGCAAACAUACCUUAACACUAUGGAAGCCUAUGACCCUCAAACUAAUGAAUGGACACAGAUGGCUUCCUUAAAUAUUGGAAGAGCUGGCGCCUGUGUUGUAGUCAUCAAACAACCAUGACUUUGUCAGCGCUGCUUAGGAUUUUACUGACUGUGAAAUUAUUAUUUUUCUAUUGAGACAAGAACAACUUCACAUGAACAUGCAUUUACUCAGUGAAUACUGUGUUGAUCACAAAUUUGAAGAAACAUAGGAGUGAGAAAUACAGAGGGUUUAUACCCAAUAAAAUAAGAAAAAAAUAUUCAUUCUAUGAAGAAGAAGAAAAAAUAAUAAUAAUCAGAUUGCCGUAGGCAUAAAUAUAUAAGCAUUCAGUAACAUUCUGUAGUGUUCUCUCUGAUGUGUUCCAGAGAACUGGAUAAUUAGAAGCAUCAAGGGACAGCUAUACAGAAGAGUCUGGAAGGAAUUCAAUAGCAGCUUUCAUGGAUUUAAGAGUUUUAACAGUAGAAACAUGAAAGUAUAUUUAAUGACUUUCAAACUAGGUUUUUUUAAGCAAAAAGUAGAUGAUAAUGCAAUUUUACAAUCCAGGUCUUUUCUUCAAAAGGGUUAUGGCUUUUGCAUCUAGACAGGAAGUUAUUUUAAGGAAAACAAUUAGAUCUAACUAAAGUGCAGAAAAAGUCUUGAUACUCAAUUUUCAUUUGUAACAAUUAAGCUCUUGCUCUACAGUAGGAUGAAAAAAAAUAAAAUGAAACCUCUACAAUUAUAUUUUUGUUCAGAUGGUACCUCCUUGCAUCUUAAUACAGAGUCUAUGAGAGAAAAACCUGAGUAUUCAAUCUAAUAAUACACAAAGCAAGCUGAUGGCUAUGAUGGGGUCUUGUUGCAAAUGUGGGAAUCAAAAGGACAAUUUCCUAAUUCUUUCUUAUUUUUAUAUUAACUUAGACAUGUGAGUUCUAAUCAUGUUGUUUAAUGCACCUUCUGUAUAUUAAAAGCUCAUAAAUGGAUGGAAAAUGGAUACUAUUUCUUCUUUACCUAAGGUAACAGGUGAACCAGAAGACACUAUAGAGUCUCUUCUCAUUUCAGUUGACAUGUCCAAUGAAAUUUCAAAAGGGAUUAAACAAACAAAAAAACCCUACAUGUUAUUUCUUUCUGGCACUCAAACUAAUUUGCCUGAUUAGUUUGAUCAAUUUAUUGCUUUCCACUUCUUAGCUACUAAUAAGGAACUGAGAAUAUAUGCAAGUGGAAUUAGGGAAAAUAGACCAUUUUAUCUAAUAAUUUAUAUAGUAAUAUACUAUGUGCUUCCUGCUAGAGUUGAUCAUUUCUAGCAGCAAUGGUACACUCCACUUUUUCCUUGACAGUAGAUUUGACACUGAAAUUUUCUAUCUGCUCAGCUAAAUUCGUUAGGCCACUACUAGAACAAGAAAUUCUGCUGUUCAGGGAGGCACAGGUUCUGGGAACAGAACUAUCAAGCAUUCCUCUUCUUUUAAAUCCUUCCUCAUCUUUUAGGAAGCAUUUCUUGGUCAAUACAUUGUAAUAUCAUUGUAAUCUGUCACUAGUAAUUUUGAGAAAGAAAUCUGGUUACAGUUAAAAGAGCUUUCCUAGUACAAACCAGUUAAGCUGGAAAAAGAUGUAGAGUCUCCUACUUUGUACAUAAAUGAAGAUGUAUCUAAUCCUUUUAAGAGCAUUAGCAUGCAUGGAGAUCUUUACUUCCUGACACAAAGUGAAAAUCAGUUCUGAAGCCUAAGUAUGCUACUUUAAUUAUUUUCUCUAAUAAGAAACUGUCUGCAAAAUAUUUUAUAUUGUUUUUUUGAAAUCUCUUAGCAUUUGAGCUGCAGUUAUAGUAUUUCUUCUGCAAACAAAUAUAUUUAUUUUUCUGCCACUUGUUUAGUGACAGAUGUUAUGACUCUACAAAUUUUGCUUGUUCACACAGUAGACAUCUAAAAUAGCUUGGGAUGAAUGGGAGCUUAAAGACCAUCCAGUUCCAUCCUCCCUGCCACAGGCAGGGCUAUCAUUCACCAGAUCAGACUGUCCAGGGUCACGUAUCCAACCUGGCCUUGAACACCUCCAAGUCAGGGGUAUCCACAGCUUCUCUGGAUGGCUGGUUCCAGCACCAACUUCUGAGUAAAGAAUUUUCUCCUAACUUCUAACAUAAAUCUCCCCUUUUUCAUUUUAAAAUUGUCCUCCCUUGUCCUUCAUGUCAGACUCUGCAAAAAGUAGCUUUUCAUCUUGUUUAUAAAGUCUCUUCAAAUACUGAAAGCCUGCAACAAGGUCUUCUUGAAAUCUUCUCCAGGCUAAGUUAAGUCCAGAAGAAUAAUUAGAAGGAAGUGAUUACACAAACGCUUAUUUCAAAUAACUGCGACAAGAGUUCUAUUUAGGACGUAAGUACAAAAAUCAACUGUGUAUAAGCAAAUAUAUCUCUUAAUUAACCAACAAGGAGAAGUAUCAUUCAUUAAGUUGUAUCUACAGCUCCUGGUUACCUAAGAUUAUAGAUUAACAUAACUGAGGACUAAGUCUUCCCUACAAGUUGAUGAGUUUAAGUAGGCACAAUGUGGUUAGCAGUAUGUCAUAAAUAUUAACUAAAUAUUAACUUUCCAGUGCUCACCCUGAGAGUGCAACUGUUUGCAGAUGUAUUAUUCAAAUUUUCCAUCCAAUUGAUCCGUUUUGAAGUCUGAACCCAAAAUUGAAAUUGGUAUCUUGGAAUACUACAGUAUAAGUGUUUUUAGUGUGGUAAGGAACUACAGAGUAAAAUAAGGGUACAAUGAUUUGGAAUGUAUGAGAAUCAAUAUGUUAUAAAAUGUACAACUACAGUUGUAAAUACAUUAAAUUAAGCUGUGCCAAGUUUUGCAAUAUUUGCAAGAAAUUUACUAAAUGUAAUGCUUUUAUCGUGGUUCUAUCAUAUCUUGAACAUGUGUGUACAGAAUGCAAUUGAAAAUAUAGAGCACAAUGUUAAAUUGUGGUAGCCCAACUUUGUUUGACACAACUUGUUUUUAGGAAUUUGAAACCUGAAAUCGUCACUGUGCAAAAAUAAACAUGCUUGUUUUUAUGUGUUGCAGAGGUGAUUCUGUUAAGUUCACAUGGGACCAAAAUUAGGGUUUUUCUUGUGUGUUUUAAGCUUCUCUGUACCUUAUUUCUUUUAUGCAAACUGAACUGACAAGAUUAUCAUAAUCACUGCUAUUGAAGUGAUUUCUCCUUAAAGUCAGACUAUCAGCACUAUAAUUUAAUGACACACAGUAUCAUCAAAAAUUGUCUUUUUUUUUUUUUCUUUUGUUUUUCAUCUUUUCUGAAGUCCUAUUGGAAACAUAAUCCAAAACUCAUCCACUUAAAACAAAUUUUUAAAGAGUCUCCAUGUGCAACUCUGUGGUCAAGGAUCUAAUUACAGUAAGAGACAUACACUACAUGUGGGUGAUUGCUACUUGAGAUAUUGAUUAAUAAGAAAAAAAUCCUUAGCGGCAAAGAAAAUAUUCAGGCAAAACAGCUGGCUUAUAUCACAGUUGAAAUGUUUACCAGGAUAAAUAAAUAUAUGAUAGCAUUUAGGAUAACUUUGUGUUUCUUUGGCCCAUUUAUGAACUUCAGAUUUAUUCUGACUUCAUCCUACAGAUCCAGCUGCAUGCUCUGCCAUAUACAUAGACAGUUCAGAUGGAUGGAUAAUUCAGACUGGCCAAGAUUCAAUCCCUUUGUUUUCGUGAAGCUUUAAAUGUGUAACCUGUAAGAAUUACAUAUUCCCUGAUCUUUAAAUCCAUAGCUGGGAAAUGUGGAUCAUAAUAUAUACCUUAUACAGCAUUUAUGAGAAGACAUACUAAAACAUUUUGAUGAAGAUAAACGAUGGAUGCAUGACAGAUAGAAGUUCUGCCAAAGUCAUAUUUGAAUAGAGUCUCUUGAAGCAUGAAGAAUGCGUAUACUAGAAUUUGAAUUAAGUGAUUUAAAACUCCUUGGAGAGACAAAUAGUCUAGACAUGACUGCUCUGAGAAGCACGACUUUUUCAUAACUGAUAUGAGAGUUUCUAAGGUGGACAGUUAAACUGUAGAACUUUGGCUGAGAAGAUACUUUUCUGAUGUUCUCUUAAUCUCUUUCUUUUCUUAAUCUAUUUAAGUGCUGUAGUGUCAAAGAUAUGUUUUAUGAAAAACAUUACAGAAUAAGCAAGAACUUUGUGUUCAGCUGACUUUAAUGUUUGGAACAAAGGAAUCCUUGUAAUAAAAAUCACUUUUUCAUUGUU